ACCGCUCUUGGCCGGAAACUGAGCCCUAGCCGGAAAAAGCUCCUCUCCAGUUCCGUCGAAGGAUUUCUCCUUCGACCGGGAAUCGGUAACGGCAUUCGAAGAUUGUCUAUUGUUAUCAAAGCUGCACAGGUUGUACGCAAUACAACCAUUACUCAUAUGGAUCCUCACACUGAAGAGUUGCCUCAAUACAUACAUAUAAAUCAGAAUGAAUUUUUUAUACGAAGGCAUAAGAAGCAGAAGGAGGAGGAUAUUGCUAUAUGUGAAUGCAGAUAUAAUGCCAAUGACCGUGACAGUGCAUGUGGGGAAAGGUGCCUGAAUGUAUUAACCAGCACUGAAUGCACCCCUGGUUAUUGUCCUUGUGGUAUCUUUUGCAAAAAUCAGAGAUUUCAGAAGUGUGAAUAUGCGAAAACAAAGCUGUUCAAAACUGAAGGCCGUGGGUGGGGUCUUUUGGCUGAUGAGAACAUUAAGGCAGGUCAAUUUGUCAUUGAAUACUGUGGAGAAGUAAUAUCAUGGAAAGAAGCCAAACGUAGAUCCCAGGCUUAUGAAAUUCAAGCUGUUAAGGAUGCGUUUAUCAUUUGCCUUAAUGCAUCUGAAUCCAUUGAUGCAACCAGAAAAGGAAGCCUUGCCAGAUUUAUAAACCAUUCUUGUCAACCAAACUGUGAGACAAGAAAAUGGAAUGUCUUGGGAGAAAUAAGAGUUGGAAUAUUUGCAAAACAUGAUAUUCCUAUUGGAACUGAAUUGGCAUAUGACUAUAAUUUUGAAUGGUUUGGAGGUGCAAAGGUUCGCUGCCUCUGUGGUGCACUCAAAUGUUCCGGAUUUCUUGGAGCAAAAUCUCGUGGUUUUCAAGAGGAUACUUAUCUAUGGGAAGAUGAUGAUGACAGGUACUCUGUUGAGAAAAUUCCUGUAUAUGACUCUGCUGAGGAUGAACUGGUGUCAAAGGUUAAUGGACAAACUGAACACUCCAUGGAUGUUAUACUUAAAGCUGAGCAACUAUCGAAGUCCACUUCUUUUAAUGUUCAGCCACUUGGCUCAGUUGAGAUAAAGGGUUUAGAUGUCAAGAAGAUUAAAACUGAUGUAAUAAGCGAGGAUAUGAAAUUGUACUCUCAAGAUACUGAACAGUCCUUUUCACAAAAGAAUGCAAUGAUAUCGCGAAUCCGAAGUAAUACUGCGGGCAGAAACUAUCGCAUUGGACCUAUGUCCAUGUCUACCAAAAGAUCAAAAGCAUAUAAUGGGGGAAGGUUUAAAAAUAUCAUACAGAAGAAAAUUGAUGCAAAGUUUGCAGCUUCCCUCUUAGAGUCAAAGGAAGCACAAGGGGAGAUUUUAAAAUAUGAGGAAAGAAAGAAUGACGCUACAUCUGCUCUUGAUUCCUUAUACAAUGAAAUACGGCCAGCUAUUGAAGAACAUGAGAGGGAUAGCCAAGACAGUGUAUCUACGACUGUAGCAGAGAAGUGGAUACAAGCUUGCUGCCUAAAAUUGAAGGCGGAGUUUGAUCUUUACUCGUCAAUUGUCAAAAAUUUUACUUGCACCGCUCAAAGGGCACCUGGCCAACCAAAACCUACUGAAGUAGAUAGCGAAAACGAAAUUAAGCUUUUGACAGGUUGAAAUUCUUAUCACAUUUUUUCGUCUAUAAUAUGUAAUUCAUGAUUUUGCAAAAAAUAUGGGCAACUUUCUAUUUUGAUUUAUU